AUGUUCAGAAGAGCGGUUCCGAUACUUAAGGGAAUAUCAUUAAUAAGGAUCACAACUCGCGGCUUCAACGAAACCAGAGCAGCUUACACAGCUACAGUAAAGCAACCAAAACAAACCAAAGCCAUGCCAGAACUAAACUUCGGAAAAUUGUUCGAGAAGAUCGACGAAUUGAGACCACAAUUCAUUGAGCGCUUGUCGAAAGCGGUGGCCAUUCCAGCGGUUUCCGCGGACGAAAGCCUCAGGCCUAUGGUUGUCAAGAAGGCUCAUUUCAUCAAAGGUGAAUUGGAAAAGCUAGGGUUCCAGGAUAUCCAGAUGAAGGAUCUAGGUGUUCAACCUGGUCCUGUCGAAGACCCCAAUUUGCAGCUUCCACCCGUCGUCUUAGCUCGUUAUGGAAGCGACCCAUCAAAGAAGACCGUGCUUUUGUAUGCCCAUUACGAUGUGCAGCCAGCCGCAAUCGAAGACGGUUGGGAGUCGGAGCCUUUUAAACUUGUGAUCGACGAAGACAAACAACUCAUGCGUGCCAGGGGUGUCACAGACGAUACAGGUCCCCUGAACGGCUGGCUCAACGUCCUGGAGGCGCAUCGCGAGCUUGGUAUGGAUGUACCCGUUAAUCUUGUCAUGUGCUUUGAGGGCAUGGAAGAGUCCGGUUCUAUAGGGUUAGAUAAGCUGAUCGCAGAUGAAGCCGCUAACUACUUCAAGGGCGUUGAUGCGGUAUGCAUUUCUGACAAUUACUGGCUAGGAACCAAGAAGCCCGUUUUGACAUAUGGCCUUAGAGGCUGCAACUAUUACCAGAUCACUGUCGAAGGCCCUGGAGCUGACUUACACUCUGGUAUUUUUGGCGGAGUCAUUGCCGAGCCUAUGAUUGACCUAGUUAAAGUUUUCAGCUCACUAGUAGACUCUCAAGGUCGUAUUUUGAUCGAUGGAAUUGACGAGAUGGUUGCACCAGUCACUGAAAAGGAAAUGGCGUUAUAUGACAAGAUUGACUUCACUUUGGAGGAGAUGAACGCUGCAUCAGGUUCCGAAACGUGCAUUUACGAUAGCAAGCCCGAUAUUCUUAUGCACAGGUGGAGAUACCCUUCGCUUUCCAUCCAUGGUUUAGAAGGUGCCUUUUCCACCCAAGGAGCCAAGACCGUCAUCCCAUCGAAAGUUGUUGGGAAGUUCUCUAUCAGAACUGUUCCAGACAUGGAGUCCGCUAAGCUUGACAAACUUGUAAUUGAUCAUUGCAACAAAGUCUUCAAGUCUUUGGGAUCUCCAAACAAGUGUAAGACCGAAUUGAUUCAUGAUGGUAGUUAUUGGAUCUCCGAUCCGUUCAACGCUUCUUUCACAGCUGCUGCAAAAGCUACGAAAGCUGUUUACGGUGUUGAUCCUGAUUUCACCAGAGAGGGUGGUUCAAUUCCUAUCACCCUCACUUUUGAGACCCAGCUUAAGACCAACGUCAUGCUUCUCCCAAUGGGAAGAGGUGAUGACGGUGCUCACUCAAUUAAUGAGAAGCUAGAUUUGAGUAACUUCUUCCAAGGAAUGAAGACGAUGGCAGCUUAUUUGCAUUAUUACGCCGCUUCAGACGAAAAAUAG